AUGGAGAUCCCAGACAGUGACGAUGAAGAAGAAGAGCUCCUCCCAGAUACGAUUCAGAAUGAAUAUCCUAAACUCCAAAACAAACCUAUAUCAUCGCCCGUCCAAUUCGUCGAGCGUAUCCUCUUUCAACUCAACAAUAUAUCAUCGACACCGCAACAGCACCACAACCAGCAGCAGCAGCAUGAACAGCAGCAAAACCCCUUUUCUACCCUCUCAAAACCCCAGGCCUCCCAGGUCAAGCCACUAAUGCUAACAUUGCACUGUCUCUUCCCCAACGAACUACUCCUUGCACUCGACAUCCUGGACCGGGGACUCGUGAGACGCCUGGUAAGAGGGAACCAAGAAGAAGUGUGCGAUCUUGAAAUUGACACGCCUUCCCCCUCAUCUUUUCCUCAUGGGCUAUUUUCGUCUCAAGUCCCGCUUGUGGAAAAUUCCGGCAGAGAGCCAGUCGAGGAUGUGUUCCUUGUCAUAUCUGCGGCUUCUUCUGCUUCCAUUUUUACGUCUACGACUACUCGUCAAGAAGGAGUGAAAGGGUACGAAGUUCGUCUGAGUGCAUGGAACUGCACGUGUCCAACUUUUAUUUUUUCUGCGUUUCGGGGAGAGACGGAUUCCGGGGAGAGUCACCAUCAUGAUCAAAGUGACGACGACUAUAUAUAUGGGAAUUCUGCGAGCGUCGCUGAACAAGGAUGCGCUAGAACCUAUCACUUUGGCGGAACUUUGACUCGUGGUCCUACUAGACUAUCUCCGCCCAGCUGUAAACAUCUACUGGCCUGUUUUCUGUUCGUUCGCUGUCCGAGGUUUUUUGGAACAGGAGAAGGCGCAGAACCAUACCGCGUCAGUGCAAAAGAGCUGGCAGGCUGGUGCGCCGGUUGGGGUGGGUGA